AUGUUUCGAUCUUCCUACCGUGUCUCGCAAUUCCAGGACCUCGAGCGUAACCGCCGCCGAACCGUAUGGCCUACUGCGAUGGGAGACGAUACUCAGAUCAGCAGACCGUGGAUCAACCCCUAUGAUGUCUCUGCCGAAUCGAAUCAGCGUAUCACGAGUGUUUUCGACACUGAAGGCCGUGCUGCACGUAUGAGUGCCAUGGUGGACUCGGCGCUCUUCCCGCCAUCCCUGCAGGCUCGCAAUCGACAUUCAGCAUGGGUUGGGAACAGCGCACAGAGACAGACAUGGCUCGCCCCAGUGACACAGGCUGAUGUCAAGGAGCGUACGUGGUCUGGGGAGUUCGACGUUGAAAGGCGGCCUUCUUGGCAGUCACGCGGAUCGGACAGGCGGAGCGGCGAACUGGAUAUGGAUGAUAUCGAGAAUAAUGUCAAGAAGGAACCAUACCCAGUCGACUGGGAGGAGGGGGAUCUUGAGAACCCUCUCAACUUCAGUGUCGGUCGCAAAUGGUUUAACGCUAUGAUGCUUGCUUUCGCUUGCUUCAUGGUGUCGAUUGCAUCUUCCGGAUUCUCGCAGGGCACUGCGCAGCUCAAGACCGAAUUCGACAUCUCGCAGACCACUGCUCUCCUGACCACAUCGACCUUUGUUCUUGGCUUUGCCGUCGGCGCUCUCAUUCUCUCACCGCUCAGCGAAGUCUAUGGCCGUCGCGAUCUCUACGUCAUUACAUUCGGAGCCUUCGUAGCCUUCAGCGGCAUCGUGGGCUUCUCCAGCUCCAUGACUGUUGUCAUCGUCUUGCGCUUCUUCGGCGGCCUCGCCGGCUCCUUCACGCAAGCCGUCGCCCCCGCCGUGGUGGCCGACAUGUUCAACGCGCAAGACCGCGGGAUCGUCAUGUCUAUCUUCACGCUCGCGGGAUUAGUGGGCCAAAACCUCGGCCCUAUCAUCUGCGGGUUCCUCGUCAAAGCGUACGGCUGGCGCGCAAUCGCAAUCCUGAUCACCUUCGCUUCGGGUCCGACUUGGAUCGUCCUCACGCUCACGUUCCCCGAGACGUACGCACCUGUGUUGCUGCAACGCCGCGCAAAGCGCCUCACUGAAGAGACAGGCAAACAGCACCAAGUCGCCGGUAUGGCGCCCAAGCCCAUUGCGCAGCAACUCCGUGUCGGCGCGCUGCGGCCCUGGAUCAUGUUGAUCUACGAACCCAUCGUCACGCUCCUCUCGCUCUUUCUAUCCGUUGUACACGGCACUCUCUUCCUCCUCUUCGCCGCCUACCCUAUCGUGUUCCAACAAACCCGCGGGUGGGAACAGGGCGUCGCGUCCUUGCCUUUCGUCGCAAUCAUCGUCGGCAUCAUGGCCUCGCUCGUAUAUGUCGCGCUCGUUGAUCAGAAGCGGUACGCGCGCGUCGUGGCCAAGUACGACGGGAAUGCGCCGCCCGAGGCGAGGCUGCCGCCUGCGAUGCUGGGCGCUGCUGCGCUGCCUAUUGGCUUGUUCUGGUUUGCAUGGACAAAUGCCCCGGAACUGCCUUUCAUGAUCUGCGUGUCUGCCGGCGCUUUGUUUGGAUUCGGUAUGGUUUUACUCUACAUGUCGCUCACUAACUAUAUCGUUGAUGCAUAUCUCGGGUACGCUGCUUCCGCUCUUGCAGCCAGCACCGUUUUGCGCAGUAUUGCUGGCGCGGUCUUUCCUUUGUUCACGGCCCAGAUGUAUUCCAGUCUUGGUAUUCACUGGGCGAGUAGUGUUCCGGGCUUUCUGGCACUGAUAUUUAUUCCUUGUUUGUUCAUGUUCUACAAGUGGGGCGACAAGCUGAGAGGAAUGACGAGGUUUGGGGCUGAGGCCGCAAGUAUGGCCGGCAAAUAG